AUGGUAAAUACUUCAUCAACUUCAUCACCCAAUAGUGGUAGACUAGGGUCUUCAAGUGGCAAUGAAAGGAAAAGAUACUAUUAUUCAAAUAAUCCAAAUAUAAGACACGGAAGUCCACUUCCCGGUAAUAACUACCAGAAAAAAAAUCAACAUAAUUCAUAUCAAAAUGGUAAUCUAUCAAGUAACAGUCCUAUUAUGAGUUCUUCUGGUAACAACUCUCAUCAUAGUUAUUCUCAAAAUUCAUAUUCAAAUCAAAAUAUGGGCCCACAUUUAUAUAGUACCGUGACGAAUAAUCCAAAUUUGAUCCCUAGUAGUAAAUCAAGCACGAAUUUUAAUUCAAUGAAAACUUCGAGAUACGAUCCAAAUUCAAUAAGUAGACCUUCUUCAAGUAACAGAGUAGGAAGUCGAUAUAAUCCAGAGGAAAAACCACCAAGUCAACAACAUACUAACGAUAGCACAAAUAUCUCAAGAUAUUCAGGAAGCAGAUACAAUCCUCAAUCCAAAAAUUCAAUAUCAAACAUUUCGAAUUUCAAUAAUUCAUCACCGGCUUCCUCUUCCACUGAUAUUUCAAGUUCAAUAAAUUCUCAUUUCUCCUCUGCAAAUAGAAGUAGGCCAAGGUCAAUCGAUUCAAGUAAAGAUCAUAUUUCACAUAAUUAUCAAACUUCAAAUACAAAUAAUAUUUCAACAGCAACUAAUGAUCCAAAUUCAUCGUAUUCAAGAUUAAUAAAUAAUUCAAGUCCAAGAUGGAAAAAUACUAAUUCGCCUGUUACAAGUAAUACUGGGAAUUCACCAUUAACGACUACAACUCCAAACAGCUUUGGAGAAAAGGAUAUUCCAUCAUCAACCAGAACCUUACAAUGGAAACAACAAAGAAAUAAAUAUUCAAGUAAUUUAACUUCAUCCUAUGUUGCACCAACUCCAAAGCGUUAUAAUCCGAACCCAAUAGCAAAGUUAAACAAGUAUAAUGAGAUGGAGCAAUCACAAUUAGACCAACAAUUGCAAGAAGAGCAGUUGAAAAAGAGUGAACCUACACUUUCCACAGCAGCUUCAAAUCCACAUUCAUUAGGGUCCAGUUUAAUUAAUUCAGUAGCACAUCAAAUCAAAGUUGGAGAAUCAAUUGAUGAAAAUGAACCUACUAUGGAUAGUUCGGACUCUUCCAAUUCACCUUUGUUCAAAAAUGAAAAAUUAAAUAAGAAAAGUGACGAAAUUCAGAUCGAAAAGAUUAUCCCUAUAAACCUACCAUCAACUCCUACAAAAGCUAAAGCUAAAAAAACAGUUAAACCUUAUUUAUGGUCUCCUCCUAUACAUCCUACUACAACUCCAUCCAAGGAAAACUUGGUAGAAUCUAAAGCUAUUGCAUCCGAAAGCACGAUCCCUGGUUUAAAAUUAUCAUCAGAAGAAACGAAAAUGCCAGAAAAAACAGAAAUUAAGAGAGUACCAACACCUUCCUUAAUUGCUGACUAUGAAUUCUUAUAUGAUCCUAAUCUUUUGAAGACUAAUUUUGAAAAGGUUAAAGCGAGUUUACCUGUGCCUGUGGGUUAUACUGAACCAAUAAAUCAGAUUAAUUCUUGUAUAUUUCCAAUGCUUAAGGCUGAAACAAGAUUAUGGGAGUUAAAAAAUCAAGAAAGAGAGUCAAUAAUUUCAAAGCAAAAGUAUUUACUCAAAAAUCCUAUAACAAAUAUCAAUGAGUAUCCAUUUGUGAAAGAAAAUGUAUUAAUCUAUCACCAAGCAUUGAAACCGAUGCUUCUUCAGGCUCUUUCAAAAACCAAAAGGUAUACAUAUGUUCGCAAGUUAGAGCUGACUAAAGAAUAUUUAAAUUUAAAGAAGGAAUGGGAUGAGGAAUGUGAAGAACUAGAUAACAUCAGCAAUGAACUACGAAGCGAGGAGUUAGAACAUAAAAAAAUGAAGGAAAAGGAACAACAAGAAAAGCUGCAACGUGAAAAGGAAUUAAUGGAAGAACAGUACAAGGCUAACUCUUCCUCGAGGCGUAGAAAUCGUGCUGAUUUUGUUGAUGAUACAGAUAUGGAGAGUGUUCUGUUACAAAUUGAUCCCGAUUACAAACACCAUCAAAAUGCUGCAGCAAUUCCAGCUAUGACCAUUGAUCCAUUAGAAAAGUAUUCAAUGAAAUUCCAAGAUGUAAACAAUUUGGUUACCGAUAAGGACAUGUGGAGUGCAAGAGUUUUAACUGAAGGCAUAGAUAAUUUUACAGAACGAGAACAUGAGCUUUUCAUCGAAGCUUAUUUAACGUAUCCGAAAAAAUUUGGAAAAAUAUCUGCAUAUAUUGGCAAUUUAAGAACACCAGAAGAAUGUGUUUUGCAUUAUUAUAGGACAAAAAGAAAGGUUGAUUAUAAGAAACUAAUGAUGGAAAGGAAUAAAAAGAGAAAGGGUGGAACAGGAAUCAAGAAAGCCCGUAAAAAGAAGGAAAAAUCUACUGAAUUAGAAACAGAAGAUAAGUCAAUUACUGACAUCGAUACUACUUAUACUCAAGAAGUUGAAGAUAUUUCUGCAAAAAAUCCACCGCAACCAGUUCAGGAGACUAAAGUUGAAAGAGUUGAAGAGACAAAGAUUGAACAAAUUGAAGAGACAAAGAUUGAACAAGUUAAAAACAAACCUAUUGAAAAACCUUUGGAGCAAACGACAACAAAUAAUGAAGUUUCAUCGAUGGAACAAACAGAAAUUGAAGUUCAAACUAAUGAAAUAAAAGAAGUCUCUGUCACCGUAGAUGAGAUAGUGGAAGUUCCUGUUCCAAUAGAACCUUCAAAGGAAACAAAACCUAAUGAAAGUAAGGAAAUCGAACAAGUAUCUAUCCAAACUGCAGAACCAUUUGUAGAACCUCAAGCUAAAGAAACAGUGAUGACACAGAACAUUAUAACAGAAGAAGAAGUCCCUGAAGAAAAUAUCCAGAGUGAAGAUACUUUACAAAAUAAGAGACCACUUAGCGAAACAGAUAUAAAGGAGGAAUCGAAUGCCGUAGAGACUGAUGAUCAAGAUUCAUCAUUAUACAACGAUUACCAAUAUGAGUCUAGUGGUCUAGAUAUCAAUGGUGUCCAUAAUCAAAGGAAGAGGAUGAAGCAAAGUGCUGAACACAAAUCCAGUUAUUGGAGUGUUAAAGAGGCCAACCUAUUCCCUGAAUUGUUAAAAAAGCAUGGUUCUCAAUGGUCUUUAAUAUCUGAUGCUUUAGGAACAAAAUCUACCACUAUGGUAAGAAACUAUUAUCAAAGGAAUGCUGCACAACUUGGAUGGAAGUUAAUUGUAGAGGAUGCGGAUUCCAAAAGAAACGUCACUACUUCUGGUUCUGUUAGACAAUCACAAAUACUAAUUCAGGCUGGACAAACUGCCCAUAUGGGAAUUCAAAAUGGUAUUCCACCACAACAAAAACCUGCAUUGGGAUUCUUUUCAAGCCCUGAUAAUCCUGGAAGCAGAAGUAAUAGUACUUCUAUGCCAUCUUCAGUACAACAGCCAUUUGCUCCGGAAACUAUUGGUAAGGACUUAUUUACUCAAUCGUCUAUACCAGCAGUUGCGUUGCCUUUGCCCCGCUUACCUUCGAUUCAGUUAGGAAGACCUUCUUCAUUCGAACAGUCUGUUAGUGAGAAUAGAAAUGAAUUAGCAGGAACAAGCCAAACCAUGAUGCCAACUGGCAGUAAACCUCAGAUAGCAUUAUCAAGUACUACUUUUGGAAACAAUAGUUCUGGUGGUUCAAGAAUUUCUGAUCUUUUAAACAGUUUCAGUUCACCACCGAAUGAAGUAAGAAAUGUGGAUCUUCCUCCCUUACAAUCUAAUGUUAACCAUGUAAUCGUUCAAGAACCUCAGUUGUCUGCAUCAAAUCCAAGAUCCUCUAUUACAUCACUAUUGAACACAGAGACGAGUACUCUACCGCCCACAAGGACUGCCAUUGGGAACAAUACACUUUUGACCGGUCACGUUUCCAGCAGUUUGCGUACAGAAACAACACCUUCAUCGUCCUCAUCUACAGGGUACAAGGUCUCGCAACAAAUAAAAAGUCAAAAUAAUGUUACUACUUCACAAGAAAAUAUUUUACCCACCCCGAUUUCAGAAAUGUUACAAAGCGCAAAAGUUUCACCAGAAGCUACGAUCAACACUGCUGCUACAAAUUCUUAUCAACAGGUAGGUACAACAGCAAACAUACAAGUUCCACAACAAGCAACUACAAUCCAGGAACAUAAUAUAUUAUCAUUCAAUUUCUCAAAAGAUCCCCUAGCUGCGUUAGCAGCAAUCGCAUCUGCUCCAGAAACAAUGGCUUCUUUACUCCCUGAAGCCUCUACAUCUUCCCCACCAAAAUCAACUAACAGCAACCAAUAA